AUGGGCUCGUUUGCGAUCGGAACGGUAACAUCCACGACCGCGAGCCUGAUAUUCAUGGCACUGUUGGCGAGCAGUGAAGCUGCGUUGGCCAGGACGGCGUUCGAGAAGCUUACCGACUACGAUUACCGCGGCACUACCUAUUACAGCGUGAGGAAUCUGUCGUUGUACGAGUGCCAAGGAUGGUGCAGGGAAGAAGCGGAAUGUCAGGCCGCCGCGUUCUCGUUCGUCGUGAAUCCCUUGGCGCCGAUGCAGGACACCCUCUGCCAGCUGCAGAACGAAACGGCCGCCACGAAUCCAGCGGCACAGCCUCAGAGGGCCGCCAAUAUGUACUAUAUGACGAAAUUGCAGAUAAGAUCCGAGAACGUUUGUUUGCGACCAUGGGCCUUCGAACGCAUUCCAAAUAAAAUGAUUCGCGGGUUGGACAACGCAUUAAUUUAUACAUCCACAAAGGAAGCUUGUCUCGCGGCUUGCUUAAACGAGCACCGCUUCACCUGUCGUUCUGUUGAAUAUAAUUAUGUGACGCUUCAGUGUCAUCUGAGCGAUUCAGAUCGUCGAACGACGGGUCAAUACGUUCAAUUUGUGGAUGCACAAGGAGUGGAUUAUUUCGAAAAUUUAUGCCUGAAAGGAAAAGAGGCAUGUAAGGCUCAAAGGAUCUUCCAAAUGCCCAGAAUCGGUGUGGCAGACGAUAAGGUUGCACAAUAUGCAGGCCUGCACUAUUACACGGAUAAGGAGUUGCAGGUUCAAAGCGAGUCCGCUUGCCGAUUAGCCUGUGAAAUCGAGAAUGAGUUUCUUUGCAGAUCUUUCCUUUACCGCGGCGCGCCACAAGGAUCGGCUUAUAAUUGUCAGCUCUUCCAUUUGGAUCACUGGACUCUCCCGGAUGGACCUUCCACAUAUCUUAACGCGGAGAGGCCUUUGAUCGAUAAUGGAGAACGAGUUGGCACUUACUUUGAGAAUUUCUGCGAAAAGGGUACCGGGCCAAUAUCGGACCCAUUGCCGGUCGUUUUUGAGACUACGGAAGAUUCUACAAUAAACAAUCUCACUCGAAACGACAUUAAUUGCGAUAAGACCGGAACUUGUUAUGAUGUAUCGGUUGACUGCAAAGACACUCGUAUCGCUGUUCAAGUUCGUACAAAUAAGCCUUUCAAUGGACGUAUUUAUGCUCUCGGACGAUCUGAGACUUGUAAUAUUGAUGUUAUUAAUAGCGAUCUCUUCAGGCUCGACCUCACGAUGAGCGGACAAGAUUGUAAUACUCAAAGCGUGACUGGAAUAUAUUCAAACACGGUUGUACUGCAACAUCAUUCCGUGGUAAUGACAAAGGCCGACAAAAUCUACAAAGUUAAAUGUACGUAUGAUAUGUCCUCGAAGAAUAUUACAUUUGGCAUGAUGCCGAUCAGAGAUCCAGAAAUGAUCAGUAUUACUAGUGCACCGGAAGCACCUCCACCAAGAAUUCGCAUCCUCGACAGCCGAUCGCGAGAAGUUGAAACUGUACGCAUUGGUGACAAAUUGACAUUUAGAAUCGAAAUCCCGGAAGACACUCCUUACGGCAUUUUUGCUCGUAGUUGCGUAGCUAUGGCAAAGGAUUCGAAAAGCACGUUUCAAAUUAUCGACGACGAAGGGUGUCCCGUCGAUCCUUCCAUUUUCCCCAGUUUCACUCCAGACGGUAACGCUCUGCAAUCUGUAUACGAGGCCUUUAGGUUUACCGAAUCUUACGGCGUGAUCUUCCAGUGUAACGUGAAAUACUGUCUAGGACCUUGCGAACCGGCCGUUUGCGAAUGGGGACGUGAAUCCGUGGAAUCGUGGGGCAAGAGACGCAGAAGAAGUAUUGCAAAUUCAACGGAGGAGAAAGCUGAAGAUAUGACUCUGUCUCAAGAGAUUUUAGUGCUCGAUUUUGGCGAUGAGAAACAGUCCGAAUUUUUGAAGAGCGAUGCCAGCAUAGAUUUUAACGAAGCAGAUAAAACAGUAACCAUUGUGGAGCCAUGUCCAACAAAAACUUCGGUACUGGCGCUCGGGGUAACGUGUGCUCUUUUGGUGCUCAUCUAUAUCUCUACGAUUUUCUGUUACUACAUGAAGAAAUGGCUGACACCUCGUAAAAUGAUGCCUUAAAAAACGGAAAAGAUUCGUUCGCAGAGCGCAUUUGCAAAAAAAUAAAUAGGAAAAAAAAAUGGUAACGAAGAGUGCGAGAGUUCACACAUACAUUCACACGCACACACACGCAUUCUCAUGUCGUAAGUUAUAAAAGGAUUCAUACUUCGCCCUUUCAUUUCUAUUGUAUGUUCAUUUUCAUUAUAUCUGCAAUGGAUAAAGCGCACACACACAAGGAGAUAGAAGAUAAGAAAUCAAUAUUCAAAAGAGGUAAUCAUAUUAUUAUGACGCGCAUCUGAACUGCCUUAAUGCAUUUUGCAUUCUGUGC